UAUUGCUUCAGGGUCACGGUGCAGAUAUCAAAGUCUAGGGCAUUAUCGAUGUGACGUGUCGUCUCAAGUAUUUUGUUUUCUGGGAAAAGCCACUUAUUAAUAUUUGCGAUUCUGUGGUCUAUUAUGAACAUUAUUUAAUAGCCCCAUCUUCAGGUACUCUCUCUUGUAAUGUUUGACGACUUUCCUAUAUGGCUACAUAUAGAACUCUAGGGGUCUUAGUCCCCUAAAACUAGUGAACAUUUCGUAAACACGUGGGUAAAAUUUGAGGAAAAAAACCCCUACUAGCUCAAAUCCUGGGGUUUUGUUGCAUUUUCACAAAAUUUCUGACUUCCGAAGAAGCAAAUCCGCAAAUUAGUCAAGUAUUUCUCAAAUCCCCCAACCUUAAUGUGCAUGGGUAGUUGUAUGUUGUCCGAUCGACGGUGUAGACUGCUCCUCAGCUGUACAUAUUUUUGAACGAUCGGCAGAAGUGUCUGAGCUGUUGCACGUAGUAUAAUAUACCGUAGUUACCAUUACUAGAUAUCAGUAACUACUUGUCCCAAUUUUUGUCACUUCAUUUCCCCCUGGCAUUCUUUCAGGUACGCCUUUUUAAAACUGUCUGGGUUACCGAUUAAUUAACACGUUCUCGAGACAACCGUCAUUUUUAGUACUCGUAUCAUCACAUUAUUUUUCACAUUGCAACCAACCAACUUCCUGCAUGGUUAUGUGAUAGUUGCUGGUAUCCAUAAACUCUACUGCCCUCAGACAAACGUACUCAGCCAAACUACAUAAUAUACAAACCAACAAGUAACUACCAAACUGACUAGAAUUAGCGCAGUCGAGUGGCUAGACUACCACCCAUUGGAUAUUAGCAAUACGUGGAGCCUUACCGAAACAAAAAGAAGCGGGUACAAAGAAAUCAAUCAGUUUACACAAGGCCGUAACAAAGCUACUGGAUAAGUUGGAACUGGCGAAUGUUCUGACACAAAAAGUCGCUACAGUGAGAUAUAACCUCAAUUCGAGUUCUACCGUGUUCAUACAGGGUCUUUCCAUCACUACAAUCACGGACAAAUAUAUUGUUAAUGGCUUUCUGCUUUCUAAGUAGCUUGUGGUGUUUUUUACUUGUGAGGUUUCUCAUGUUGGUCACGUCAUUUCGGCUUGUUUGUUUUCUCUGUGUUGGCAUGAGGUAUGCCGCGGUACAGAUUCGUGUCAACUCAUACGUCGUUUAUGAUCGACUAAUUUGAUACUUGAUCCCAUCAUCCUAGUAUUGCUUUUUCGGGUACUGCGUGGCAAAGCAACAUGUGUUUAUGUGCUGCAUUUCAUCCUUCUUUACGUGGUGUCUUAUGCGAACUAGUGUUGAAAACACUGCUUUUUAUGUAUACUGUCUCAAUUCCCACAAUUAUCAAGCCUUUGUCUUUGUUAUUAUCAUUUGAGUGAAUUGAAUCAUCAUAAUUUUAUAACAGCUAACACUAUCUUGUGUAAUUUUUUUAACGUUCACUAUAAAAAGGCUGAAAACGAUAGCAUUUUACGUAUUUUUCAAUUCACCUUUUAUUGUUCUAGACCGAUUGAGUUUAGGAUCAUUAAUUUUGUCUGUCUUUGAUCAUUAUUUAUCAAUCCAAACAGUUAAUCCGACUUAUAGCGUCCAAACAUACGGUUAGACCUUAAAUGUAGUUGUUCUUCAGCAAAUAGUCGAUAAAUGCUCGUGUUUUUAAUUGGUUGUAUUUCUUUAAGAAACUGCGGAAUUUGAGUAUUAUUUCUAAAGGUUUACUGUCAGCGUGGGUGUAAAGUUUACCUUGAACUAAUGCUCUUAUUUUGAAUGACUAUUAAAUUAUUCUUUAUAAUUAGGUCUUAGAAAAUAAGUGAAACUUUGGAAUUUUCUGUAGUAAAUAUUAAUGCACAUACAAAAUUUCUCUUAUUAUAGUUGAAAUAUGGUUGGAACACUGUUCAGUGUUUUCAGCAUAUUGUGGCAUUCCGUGUCAUUCAUCAGCUUACAGACUUUAGGAAUCUUACUAUUUGGAAUUUAUUUUUAUCGUUUAAUUAAAAUAUGUUACAACUACUCGAUUGGAAGAAUAUUGUUUUCAAAACGAAAGAACUUAAAACAAUCAGGUGAAUGGGCAAUUGUGACUGGUGCCACUGAUGGAAUAGGCAAAGCAUACGCGGAGGAAUUAGCUAAAGAUGGUUUAAAUAUUAUGUUAAUAAGCAGAAAUUUGGAAAAAUUAAAAAGUGUCGCCAACGAAAUUGAAUCGUCUUAUCAUGUGAAAACGCGUAUUGUUGUUGCGGAUUUCACACAAAAUAAUAUCUAUGAAUCAAUUGAAAAAGAAAUAUCUCAAUUAUCAUCAAUUGCUUGUCUUGUUAAUAAUGUUGGCAUGAGUUAUCCAUAUUUUGAUUAUUAUACAAAUGAUAAAUUUAUGAAUAUACAUUUUAUACAAAAUUUAAUUGCUUGUAAUACACAAUCCAUAGCAAUUAUGACUUAUAUCGUUUUACCAAUCUUAUUAAAACAACAAAUGAAUAAUUCAGCUAUCAUAAAUAUUGGUUCAAUGUUAGGUUGUUUACCAUCACCAUUUAAUUCAUUAUAUGGUUCCACCAAAUCAUUUAUACAUCAUUUUUCUAAAUCUAUUCAAGCUGAAUUGAAUCUAUCUAAUAAUAAUAAGAUAAUAAUUCAAACUGUUUAUCCAUUAUUUGUUGCCACAUCUAUGUCACGUACAAGUAGAACACCAUUGUUUAUACCAUCCCCGAAAGAUUAUGUGAAUAGUGCAUUGAAUAUGCUAGGUGUAGAAGAAUUUACAACUGGUUAUUUUCCACAUGCAUUACAAUGUUAUGUAUUAACUUCAAUACCUAUAUCAUGGGUUUAUAAUAAAUAUAAACAAAUUGCUGAUAAAGCACGUAGAAAAUAUCAAUAAGCAUUAUAAUCUCUAUUGACCUGCUUCGAUUUGGGCACCCAGGCAGUAUCACAGCCCUCACACAUAUCGAAUGAGAUUUGUGUGGCGCAUAUGUAUUUGGUGCCUCCUUGUACCAAUAUCUAUGUGUUAUAAUAAAUCAUCUCUAUUGUUGUUUCAACUAUCUUUUUAUUUAUAUAUAUAUGUAUUUUUCUAAUAUUAAAUUCUUAAAUAUUAUUAUAGAUAGAUUAGUUUCUUAAUAGGAUGUCAAUAAUAUGAAACUAAUAACUUUAUAUAAAAGUUUCUACAAGUUGUACAUCAUGGCGAUUUUCACCUCAUUGUAUGAUUGUCAUUAUCAUUAAAGUAGAUAUAUAGCAAAAUGGUCUUCUUAUUGUUCAGUUUGGGUGAUCUGUAACAUAUAUUUUGAUUAAUUUGUUCAUAUAUAUAUGUUUAUUUGACUACAGAUGCCUUAGAAAUAUUGCUGGCGUCUGCUGGGAUCACCGGGUAAGUAAUAGUGAGGUUAGACUCAGGGUAUCAGGGAAUGAUGGUAAAUCAGUUAAUCAGGUUGUGAAUCUUCAUCAAAUCAGAUGGUUGGACCACGUGUUACUUAUGCCCGAACACAGAUUACCACGACGCGCAAUGCUAACCGGUGUUGGAGAUGGUCGGAAGAAAGUUAGUGGCGGCCAAACCAAAACGUGGCAUCAGUGUUUGAAGACACUAACUUCUAGUCUGAGCCAUGUUGGUAGAUGCAGACUACUUGGUUGGGGUCCGUGUGACCAUUGUAACUAAUGGUUGGAGACUCUUGGUGACAUGCCUGAGAAUCGAUCACAAUGGCGUAGGUGUAUACCUUAUCUGUCUUCCCUUAAACUAAGAGAUUAAAAUCGCUUCAUAUCUUUCUUUCUAUGAACUAAUUCUUCCUUCCUGUACUAUAUCCUUAUAUGCAAUCUUUCUCUUAUAUAUUACCACCUUUGACCUAAC